UAAAACCAUUCUAUUCCCUCACCUCUUAACCAAAACAAAAAAGAGAGACAUGGGAAGUCUUGAGGAGGAAAGAUUAGUUCAAAUGAUUGAUGAUUUCAUGGAAUCACCUGAACCUCCAACCUCUCCUUCUUCUUCUUCUUCUUCUUCAAAUCCUCUCCCUCUUACCUCCAACACCCAUUAUUUUUUCACUUUAAAGGAGAUUCUUGGGAACAGUGGAAGAACAGCUGAGAUUGAAGUGAGUGAGGCUGUGAUGAAGCACAUGAGAAGGAAAACAGAUGCUCCCAAAACCACCCGCCUUAAGAAAUGGCUUGUCAUGAAGCUCAAAAUGGACGGCUAUCAUUCUUGUGACCUUUGUCACACCUCCUGGGUCACUUCCAUGGGAUGCCCACCCGGAGAUUACGAGUACAUAGAGAUGAAAGUGGAGGGUGGGAAAAGGAUGAUAAUAGACAUAGAUUUCAAGGCGCAAUUUGAAGUGGCAAGAGCAACAGAGAGUUACAAGCAGCUGACACAAGCACUGCCAUCGGUGUUCGUUGGGAGUGAAGAGAAGGUUGUGCAAAUAAUAUCAAUUCUAUGCUCAGCAGCCAAGCAGUCCCUCAAGGAGAGUGGCCUCCAUAUUCCCCCUUGGAGAACUUCCACUUACAUGCAGCGCAAAUGGGUGGCCGCUUCCCAACAAAGGCCCAAGGCAGCGCCGUUGGUGAAGGCAAUUGGGAAGAGGGUUUGGGGCGGUGGCUCUGCCUUGUCCACUCAAUUUUCCAAUAUGAGUAUCAAUUGUUGUUGAUCAUUAUUACUUUAGUUCAAUUUUGACCCAAUCUUUUGAUCAUGUGCUCUAGAAUGGACACCUGUUUGCCCCUUAUGAAUUUAAUGAAAA